AUGUCCGAAGUGGAGGAAGCCAAGGUCGGUGUGGAGAAAGCGCUGAAGCGACGGAAGAUCUCUGGAAAGCGAUUCUUGGAGCACAAGAAGUUCUUGCAGCGAAUCAACCGACGGCUAAAAGCCAAAGGUGAACCCCGAGCAAAAGGUCGCAAGCCUGUGGGGAAAUCCAAGACCGUUGAAACCCAGCCUAAGCGCCGAUUUCCUCGCAGUUAUGUUGUUCAACAGGGGAAAAGCAAGCUGCGUCUUCGUAAAACCAAGUGUUACUCAGACCAUAUACGACGCAUUCGACCUACACUGGUCCCUGGCCCAUUCAAAUACAAUGGUGUCCCGAUGAGGCGUGUCAAUCAGCGUUAUGUGAUCGCAACUGCUACGCGUGUUGACUUGUCGAAGGUUGAGAUUCCUAAGCGUGUCAAUGACGAAUAUUUUCGCCGUAUGGAUCUCAAAGAACACAAAGAACCGACGGAAAAGUUCUUGGUGGAGGAGACUAAGAAAUACUCCGUCAGUGACGAACGGAAAGAAGACCAGAAGAUUGUAGACAAACAGGUGACGGCAGCCAUCAAAAAUCACCCUGAGUCCAAACUUCUGCAUGCUUAUCUCCGGUCUCUGUUCUCUCUCGGAAAGCGAGAUUACCCGCACCGUAUGAUCUUCUGA